UUUGGGGGUUUUGAAGUGUUAAACAGUGAAAAGGAAAUAAGAGGGUACGUGGGAGGGAAGUGUGUGGGAAAGAGCAAUAAUGAAGGGUGUGGGAUGGGACCAAGUGGCAGGGCGUGGGAGAGGAGGAACAUGACCUUGUCGGUUGUUGUUUUUCUUUUUUUCAUUUCAUUUCAGAUCAUCCAUUUUCUUAAUUAAUCUCAUCAUCACUUUUUUCUACCCCUCAUUCUCUUUCCUUUCCCUUCUUUCUUUCUUUCUCCUUAGCUUCAUCACAAGCAACCAACUUGUCUCUUGUUGGAUACUUGGUUGGCUGUUGGAACCUCUGCAACACACUCAACCCCACCCCGCCUCUCAUUUGUCCAAUUCUUUUCCGGCCCAUUGCUAUAAUCUUACAUUUCAGGACUAGCCCUUCUUCUUCUUGUUUUUAGGUUUGGCAAGUGUAGUGUUUAGGACUGCCAGCGGCCGUUAAUUCCGGUGGUUAAUUUUUCAAGAUUUUUGAGAUGGUUUUUGCAGUGUUUUUGUGCAUUUCUCUUACAACUUUUGCCCAUUGAGGGCUUUUCUUGUUUCAAUUCUCUUAUUAUUAAUUAGGGUCUUGUUUUUCAUGACAAGGAAUCAGUUAAGGGUUGUUUGUUGGUGGGAUUAGCAGACAGAAAGAUGAUAUGAUCAAGAUCAUAAGCUGGGAAUUUACAGUUAAUUAGUAGUUAAGACUGUAAUGUCUGAUAAUUAGUGUCAUUAACACUAGAAAACACACACUUGGUAAGAAGGUUUUUGUUCUUGCCCGAGAAAUUUUUAGGGUUUGUUGAGUACAACAAUAAUGUCGCUAAGUACAGGUGAAGAGAAGGGAAUGAGAACGCAAACCUCCUCAGCCGCCUACAACCAUAGCCUACUCGAAAACCCCAUUUCCCGACAGGAAAAAACAAGACUCCUGGACCCGGAUUGCGGCGGAUCCAUAUCCAGGCCCACCAACCCGAGAACGAUCUACCGCGAGUGCUUGAAGAACCACGCCGCCAACAUCGGAGGAAACGUCACCGACGGCUGCGGGGAGUUCAUGCCCAGCGGCGAUGAAGGAACUCUCGAAGCCCUAAAAUGCGCCGCCUGCAAUUGCCACCGUAACUUCCACCGCAAGGAGCACCACGGAGGAGCUGCCAUGGUGCACCCUCUCCACCUCCCGCCUCCUCUCCCUUCUGCCUCCCUGGCCCAGCACCAUGUCCGCGGCGGCCUAGCUCACUGGGCCGGCUCAAUGGUGCAGCCGGUGAAAAUGGCCUUCUGCGGCGGGGGAGGUGGAAGCAUCGGCACUGACUCGUCAAGCGAGGAGCUGAACUUCAACGCCUUCCAUUCACACGCGGUGGCGCCGCCACCACCGGUGCAGUUUGGCAACAAGAAGCGGUUCCGUACGAAAUUCACGGCGGAGCAGAAGGAGAAGAUGAUGGGGUUUGCGGAGAAGCUGGGGUGGAGGAUUCCGAGAGAAGAUGACACAGAAUUGCAGAGGUUUUGUGCUGAAAUUGGGGUUAAGAGACAGGUUUUCAAAGUAUGGAUGCACAAUAACAAGACAUCUUCCAAGAAAACUCCCCAAGAAUUACAAAUUUAGGGUUUCAAAAUUCCAAAUUUAUAUAUUGGGACAGCACUAGCUGGGAAGAAUUUAACAUUAAUUGUCUGAAUAUGCAUGCUCCGAUCCUUGUACGUUGGUACCAAUUAAGUACAACUUUGUAUUCAAAUUCCUCGAAUAAUAAGUUGAUGUUUUCCAUA